AUGGCGCUCAAACGGAAUCGCGUCCAGACCCUGGGUGUCCGACUUCGGCUUGGCAAUGGCCGUCCAUCGUUUGAGCCCGAAUUCAUCAGCUUCUUUCACAUACAGGCUGAUCUCGACGUUCUGCGAGAGAAUAUUGAGAGGAUCGGCACUGCAGGGUACCGAGUGGUGUCUCAAAUCGACGACGCCAUUGCGCGCAUCGAAGACGAGGUUGAGAAACUCGACGCGACCACGAAAGGACAGCAGAAUGACAUCGACCAUAAGAAGGCCGACCUGAACUCUCUCAGACGAGAAAAAGAAAUCCCCCAGAAUUAG